GGAGCCGGUGGGAACCCCGCGCUGGGACCGGGAGCAGCGCGGCACACGGAUCGGUAACGGGGACUGACUGGAAUUCACCGGGAAUCGCCGCCGGGAGCCGAACUCAGCAUCGGAAUCCCCCCAGCAGAGACUGGGGAGGCAGCGGGGGGAGCCCCGAGAUCGUCGUGAGCCCCCCCCGAGUUGGCACGAUGCCCCCCCCCGCCCGCCCCCUCCGCAGCGCCGCCCUCCUCCUCUCCAUCGCCCUCCUGGUCCAGAGCCGCCCGCAGCCCCCCCCCCAAAAACCUCUGUCAUCCGCGAGGGGGGGCGAUCCUUGGGAGGACCUGGAGCUCCCCGGCCUGGGGGACAACGUGAAGGACGUGGGCACGAAGCGAAGCCGCGGCGGAUCCCCGACGGAAACGUGGAAAGAACUGGAAGAAUUGGGCAAACUCCGCGCCGAGGCCAAAAAAAGGGAAAGGGAACGGGAAAGGGAACGGGAACGGGGCCGGGGCUGGGCGAGCGCACGGCAGCUGCGGCAGCAGCAAAGCCUGGAGCUGAAGCUGCUGGAACGGCGCUACCAGGAGCUGAUGGAGAGCCGGCGGCAGGCGCAGGCUGCGAGGAAAGCGGCCGCCGAGGAGGAGAGGCUGGCGGAUAUGGCCUCGGAUCUCCUCCUGCGGUACCUCCUGCACGGCCCCGGAGCCGAGGGGAAGCGGUCGGAGGAGGAGGAAGAGGAGGAGGAGGAGGAAGGGGGGGAGAGGGAGAGGAAGGGGGCGUGGGUUGGUAGGGGCUACGCGGCGGAGAGGGGCUUCCCCGAGGAGAAGGGGUUCGCGAUGGGGCAGGCGUCCACGGGCAAAGAGCCGCCAGAGGGCAACGCGGUGUCGGCGGGACAGGAGUUCCCCAUCGAGAAGGAAUUUUCCGUGGGGAAGGGGCCCUCGGUGAGCAAGAAGUUCUCGGCGGGCAACAGCGGGCUGUCAGCCGGAAAGGAGCAACUCUCGGCGGGGAGGGGGAAGGGAUUCCCGCGGGGCGGCGCCCUGCCGAAAGGCUUCCCCACGGACAGCGAGAUCCCGGCGCAGGGCUGGGCCCCGAUGGACAACGAGGUGCUGGUGGGGAGGAAGGCCGCGGCGGGGCGGAAGCUGCUGGCGGGGAAGAAGCUCCCGGAGGACGCCGCCAGAUUCCCCGCGGCCGGCCGGCUCCCCGCCGACGAGGACCCGAUGGCCAACCGGAUCCCCGGGGACGACGACCCCCCUCCGGCUCUCGGCAUCGCCCUCCCCGACGACGGCCCCGCCUCCGGGCCCGCCCCGCUCCCGCUGGCCGAGGCUUUGGCGGCGGCGCUGCCGGCGGCUCCCGGCGACACCGGCGACGCCGGUUUGGACCCCGGCACCAUCGAUCAGCUGAUCGAGCUGUCGAGCCGCCUGCACCUCCCGGCGGACGACGUGGUGGACAUCAUCCACGACGUGGAGCAGAAGCGGCAGGAGGAGGCGGCGGCGGCGGCGGCGCUGCUGCCCGGCGAUGACGACAUGGGUGAGGACGACGUCACCGACGCGGAGGAGGAGGAGGAGGAGGAGGAGGGGGGGGGACGCCGCGCUGCCCCCGCCGCCGCUCCCCGCCCCCCGGCCCAGGACGUUCCGGACCCCGGCGAUGCGGUGGGAGGGCAGGAGGUGGUGAGCGCCCGGCCGCUUCCCAUCCCAGCGCCGCCGCCCCGCUGCCCCCGGCCCCUCCGCCCCAGCGCCCCCAGUCCAGCCCCGGUUCUCCCGGUUCUCCCGGUUCCCCCAGCUGCCCCCAGCCCCACACAGACGCCCUUCAUUAAUUUUGCUAACAAAUAAAGGCAACUAUUUUAGUACGAGUUUGGCUCGUUAGUGGGCCCCGGGCUAAUUAACCCCCCUUGCUUUAAUUAACCCCCCUUGUACUAAUUAAUCUUUGCCCUAAUUGCUCCCCCUACCAGUGGCCCAACGUGUGGACGACCAGCACGAAUCCCAACUGCGUGUUAAUUAUGGCUGUUAAUUGCCGCCUCCUCGUGCUAAGAUUCCCUGGAAUUAAUUAUACCCCCCCAUACUCUCACAUUAAUUAUCCCCCCACGUGUUAAUUAUCUGUUAUUUAUCCCCCUUGCUUGCUAAUUAACUCCUUUGUAUUAAUUAGUAAUUUCUCACUUACACCCACUGCUCCAUUCACUAAUUACCCCCGCCCCAAUCAAUCCGAAUUACC